AUGGCGCUAACGACGGACUACUCCAAACUGAGCGACGUCAUCCACCAGUCGCCCGAGUCGCCCACCCUCUACAACCAAGCAAAGUACCACACACAGAAACAAAAUGAUUCCUUCUACGAAAUAAAGCGCUUUAUGUGUCUAGGAAGCACUAUCUCUGACGAUGCCAAAUACGACGUGGACCUGUUACUCAACCAAGGAGACAAAAAAUGCAAAGACGUCUUAACUGAAUCGUUCAAAGUCAUAGGGUACAAGUACUGCACAACGAAUAACAACGACAACGUUAGGUUUGCCAAACUUUUCUAUGACCACUAUGCUAAUUUGUUUUACUGCAUGCACCUGCACAAUGACGACAAGAAGUGCAACUCGCUCUUCAAGCACUUUUACGAAAAGAUUAGUCCUGGCCAACCCGUAGCGAAGAAGUAG